GCUACGCGACAGUAGGUUGUGCUCUUUGGAUUUUGUAAAUAUGCUCUUCCCUGAAAAAUUGUUGCUAACAGCGUCUGGCUCAUUUAAGAGUCUAUAAUUUUGAAGAGCUGAAUUCUAGAAUACAUUCUUGACCCGCCUACACCAUGAGCUCUCUUCCUAAUUUUGAAUUUGAAAUGGAUAAUGAUGGACAGGGAAACUACUCUCUGUUUCCUGCUCUUGACAGUGUGACCAGUUUGUCUGCAGCUACUGAUGCUCUGGAAAGUGACCAGAAUAAUGACUUGGGAGAGAAACCCAAUCUGACCUGGCUUGAUGCAGCACAGAUCAUAUUAGAAGAAGCUGGAAGGCCAAUGCAUAUAAAGGAGAUAAAACAGAGAAUUUUAGACCGAGGCCUAGUACAGUCAAAUGCUAAAUCUAGUUUGGAAGCUGUUAUGUAUCGAGAGACGCAGAAAGGAAGCAGACGCUUUAAAAGAAUUGAAAAUCGGAAUGGAGUUUUUGCUCUUUUGACUGCUGAAGAAAGGCAGCAUGCUUUGAGGGCCUUCACAUCUCAAAACCUUUUUCCUCCUCACUCCCAGUCUGCAUAUUCUAGCCCUGGAAGCAUGACCAAUCUGGAUCGUUUUUCAUCAGCAUCAUCUUAUCAGGAAUCAAAACCAAAAAUGAGAAAGACCCUGAGGAAGAGCCAGAAUGAAAAAUACAGGAUAAAAUACCUAAGACUGCGGAAAGCUGCUAAAGCCAUGAUUUUUGAAAAUGCAUCUCUUUGUGAUGAAAUUGCACGUAUUGAAGAAAAGUUUGUUAGAGCUAAAGAAGAGCGAAGGUUUCUACUUAAGAGAUUACUACAGCUACAGUCUCUGUCUGAUGGAGAAAACCACACAGGAGUCACUGGUAGUUCCCACUUAAUAGGCUCUUAUAGUGCCUCUGGCAUGACAGGCAUGGUGGCAGGUGUUCCCACGAUCUCUGUGUCCAGUGCUUCAGUAACAGAUGAUAAUAAGAAAGCUAAGAAAGACCGACGAGACAAGGGAAAAGAAAACAGCAGGAUUGAGGCAUUGAGAAAAGCUUCGAAAAAGAAGAAAUUUAUUGAAGGAGGAACCCGAAAGCUAGUUCAACAAAUCCCACUUGAUCCCUCAGGCAGGCCUGUAUUUCCUAUUGUGUUGGGUGGACUUACAGUUUAUAGCCUUGGUGAGAUAAUCACAGACCGUCCAAGAUUUCAUGAUGAAAGCGCAAUUUAUCCAGUUGGAUUCUGCAGUACAAGGGUCUAUGCCAGCUUGAAGAAUCCAGACCAGAAAUGUCUUUACACCUGUCAGAUUAAAGAUGGAGGAACUGGCCCACAAUUUGAGAUUGUUCCUGAAGAUGACCCCCAGAAUGCUAUUGUAGGAAUGUCUGCAACAUCUUGUCACACCAGUCUCCUAAAACUGAUCAGUGCAGCAUGGGGAAAACCAUUGAACAAUGUGUUGUCAUCUGGAGCCAACUUCUUUGGCUUUGCUCAUCCUACAAUUCAGAAUCUAAUACAGAGCUGCCCAGGGGCAAGAAAGUGUGCCAAUUACCGCUGGGUAAGGUUUGAGGUAUGCAGACCAGGAGAUGGACAGAUAUCACAUGGCUUGCCAGAGAAUGAUGCCUCUACUAAUUUUGAAGCCUUUCAGAGACAAGCAUUUGAUGAAGAAAGCAGUGAUCACAUUAAAUCAGGACAGCCAACCUCAGAUAGCGAAACUGUUCGUACAUCCAAUGGUCUUUCAUCUUUGGUUCUAAAUGAAGAGGAAACCUACCAGAGUAUUAGGAAUCAGCAGCAUGUGUCUCUGGAUUUGACUGUGAAGCGUCCUGUACAGCAGCCCAUGUCACCUUAUCAGAAAAUGCUUUCACCCCAACAGUGUCUGGUCUCGCCACCUCUCCAGCAUAUUACAUCACCUGGACAGGGCAAUUCUACUAGGUCCAGUCAGUGAGAAUGGGCCUAUAUGUUAACAUAGUGACUAUUAAUUAUGGCUGCUCAUAUUGAGUAUUAUUAUUGUAUACGUACUCUUGUCUUUCACCUCAGAGAAGGAACUGAAAAUACAGAUAAUGUUUUAAGAGGUGAAGUUUUUGUUUCAGUUCAUAGACAAACUUGCCCACCAUUCUUAAAAGGUGCACUUCUGCUUAACCUUCUCAGUCUAUUCUGUUAUGUGAAAUAUGUUGCCAUUGUGUUCCAUUUACUGCAAGAGCCAUUUUUGUGGUGAAAGUAGCAGUGUGCUUCCUUUGUAUUGUUCACAUGGAAAAACUAAAGUCUUGAUAUUGCGAUUUCAAUUCAGGAUUGGUCAUUAAUUCAGUACAUAUAGCUGCACUUUGUAGAUGAUUUUAUUCUUUGUUAAAGACUGGGAUUUUUCAAUGCAACAUUAAACAGAAGUAGCUGUA